AUGUGUUUGCAGCCGCAGCGCUUUGUGGUUCUGCGUCUCUGUCUGAAGCUCUUCACAAGCCAGCUCGACAUGACGCUUUUUCACAUGCUGGGCCCAGGGCAAGCAGCUCCCGGCCACAGGUGUGGUGGUCUGGAGGCCCGGAACAUCACCCUCCCGGUGGCUCUCGGCCGUGCUUACCUGCAGAUAGCCCCAGGAUGGUGUCGUGGUACCCAGGACAGACUGAAGGAGCGCAGCGCGUGUGUGCACUGGGACGUGUCCGCAACCAGCCCUGAGUAUUCUGUAGAGAGGGUCCUGGGUCAUGUCCCCUGGAGCCAAGCAGCUGAGGUCUACAACAGCUUCAACAAGGGCGCGUUCCGAGUGUCUCUCUCUGAGGUGGCCUUACGAGGGGAACUUUCUCCAUCGUCAUCAACAGCAGCCUCGGUGAAUGCUUCAGGUGUGAACCGGAGCCCCUGUGGCCUCGGGAGGGGGGCACAGGAGGAGCAGCAGCAGGUGGAUCAGGGGACUACCAGGCAUCCGGGAGUUGUGAGCCCAGACGGGACGAGGCCUGGUGUCGUAUGGGGCCGAGGAGGCAGGGGAUACGGGCCGCUCUUCCGCCGAGACAAGUAUGAGCAUCGACUCGAUGCCUUCCACUCUGGGGGACUUUCUCUGUCUUUGCGGAGUCUGAGUCGCAGACAAUCGGACCUGUUCUCCUGCUUCCUCCACACACUACUGCGGGAUCAGGAGAGGCGCAUCUUUAGGCUCACCGUGGGGGACCCCCGACUGCAGCAAGCCCUCGACCACACGGCCCCCACAUCCAGAGCAACGACCUGCUGA